AACAAAAAUAUACGAUUUAGCCUGUUCUCCAUAACUCAUACAUAUAACUUGGGUUUUUUCUCUCUCGCUUCCUUCUUUUCUGUUCUGUCCAUAUGUGAACAUGAUUAUGUUUGUGUCUCUCUUCCCUGUGUCUAUUUUUCCUUUGGAAUGUAUCACAUGUACUUGACCUCAUGUACCACGUAUUGUUGUUUGGAGUGAAUAAAGAAACUUGAAACUUGCGACUGCGUGGUGAGGGUGAAGUCCAUUACCAGCUAUCGAUAUGUAAUUUUAUCACUUUGAAUUUAUUUUGUGAUAUAGUCAUGGUAUACGUCCAGUUUGUUUCUCCUAUUUUUAAAGUAACUAAUUCAUUAGUUAUUAGCUCAUUCAUCAUAAUCAAUUCAAUAGACUUUGAAUUUUUAAAUCACGAAAGUUUGGGAGUUUCUUUGGGGGUUUUUUUUUUGGUAGUUUCAGUUCAUUUAAUUGUAUUGUUGUCUGCCUUUAUAAUUAAACUCGAGAAAGGAAAAAAAAUAGUACAUGUAUGUAUUACAAGACAUCUAAUUUAAGUAAUCAUGAUGAAAAGGGUGACGAUAACGGACAGUGAUCAUUUUCAUAAAUUCAAAAAUACAAAUCGAGAACAGGGCAAACACAUCCCUGGAAUAACCUGCGGUGGAAUCAGGUGCCUAGGAGAAGAAAGUGUACAGUUAUUGACUGGGUUCGAGGACAACAGCUGUCUAGUUUGACCUGAGGACGGAUCCACUGCCCGAAACCAGAUCUUUCCUCGGAUCAAACCAAACAGCUAUUGUCCGAGGUCACAGUCUAUAACUGUUUUGUUAUACACUUUCAUUUUUAGGUUGUUUUUCUAGAUAUACAUGGUUUGUUAAAUUUAAACUUUUAACAGGAGUGUGAGUGCAUACAUUCAUUACCAAUACCACUAGUUUAAAAGAAAACGUAUCCAAUGUUUUCAUAAUUACUGUUCAAGGGCACAUUAUGUCGAUUUGAUAUAUGGAAUCCUUUAUUUACAUAGUAUUGACACGAAUGAUAAUGUUUUGAUAGAGUUGAUGUAUUGAUCUUAUAGAAUUUGAUAAAUUCCCCGUCUUGCUUGAAAUAAAAAAGAAAUUCCUAUUUUUGGUUCGACAUGAUGUGUAAAUUAAAGUUUUUUGUUACAUAAUUUAUAUACAUGUAUUAUAUCAAAAGAAAAGAAAAUGAAAAUAAUAGGAUCGUGAUCAUUGCAUAAGGAAACCCGUCUAUUUCAAUCAUUGUUAAUCACAAAAAUUUAUCAGGUUAAGGUUAAUAAAAGGCAAUGUAGAUUUUUUAAAAAUACUUUUAUAAGUACAGAUGUUUUUUUUAGUGGUUCGCUAACAACAAAAUUAAGGAAGUAGUCCAAUCAAUCAAUAUCCUCGAUAUAUAAUUUGAUUAACUUCGUUAUCAACUUUAAAAUUUUGAUUUGAACAAUUCUGUAAGUGUCAUUUCCUUUUAAAACAAAAGGCCAUACACAUUAAAAUUACCAUUAACUUGACUUUGUGUUUUCCUUGAAAAAAAAAUAAAAUAAAACUAAUAUAGUUGUAUCACAAGGCUUAUACUAAUUAGACGUUAUAGUUUUGCUUGUGUAGGAAUCAGAGAAUGAUUAACUAUUAAUGUAAUAAAUGCAAAAUACAUAUAUUAUUUGGUAAUUUGACUAGGUCAAUUAUUUAUUCAUGCGACAUUCUAUAUAGAAACAAACCUGACGUUUGAGGUAUACCAAUAAAAAGGGAAUUAUUAGUGUGACGCGAGUUUCUUGUUUUCGAUAGCCCCACACAGUGUGCAAGAUCACGUCAUCAUAGGUGAAUUUUCCUCCAUUCCCCACUUUCUCGUAUUGACAUGCGCAGUACAGACACCAAAUGACCUCAUUUGUAGCAAUUCUACCAUAUAUAAAGUGCCAAAGUUGGUGACACGACCAGUGCCGAUUUCACGCUACAACACAUUGUUUAAAAACAAAGGGAAUCAACCUUGUUGUUUACAAUCUGAAAAUGCUAAUUAGACGAUUUAUCCUUUCCAGUAUCGCGAGUUUUGCAUUAUUCCAUGCAUACACAUGCUUUGUUAUUGACACUUAUUCUGAGUUUGAUCAGAAAUGUCAGACGAAUACAUUUGGAGACAGAAAUUGUUCCUUCCUUGUACCAAACAAUUGGAACUUUUUGAAGUUCAGGGAAUGGCUAGAAAAAACGAAUGAACACAUCGGAGACGUCAGUCUGGAUCUUACCUGCAUGGAUGGUGGAACUGUCUUUUUACCCUGGCCUUUCAGAGCGAGAACUCUUCGAAAAAUACAAGUGAGAAACUGUUUAAUCGAUGGCUAUUAUUCCGAAUUCAAUGUAGAAUCCAAAUAUCCCAAUACAGUAAAAGACAUGGCUCUCAUAGAUGUCGCAAUCCUAUCCGACAUCAACCAAUUAAUUGAAAUGAAUCUCAAUGACCCAUUAGUGAAAUCAAGCACUUGCGGGCAAGAAACUAAUUUUCGGUUUAUCCAAAGGAACGUUACAUUUUCCUUCGUUCCCAGCAAAGAAGUACCAUCUUUUGACCGUCUAAGUGAAGCAUUCGAUUCCCUGGCUGAAAAAUCUAAAACUCAACCGUUCACAUGUCAUUUUGAAAAUCUUGUUUAUCUUGAGCACACUGGCAGUAAAAGCGUAUCUAGGAUUCACUUCGACACCAUGACCGACCAUUCUGUUUAUCCGAAACUUAAAGUCUUCAACUUCUCAUCAAAUUACCUUCCAACGAUACCAAGGCAACUAACUCGGUGGCUCAAGUUUUUUCCAUCCUUACGAUUGCUAGAUCUCUCAAACAACGAAAUACGUGAAUUUUCCUUUGAACAUCCCGAUGUAAGCCAGAAUUCUUUGUACAUCAGUUUAGCAAAUAACAACAUUACCAGCGUGCCAGCAGACUUGCCCACGUAUCUGAAUGGGAAAACGCCAGUUCUUAUCAACCUUCUAGGCAAUCCCAUACACUGCGAUUGUCGAGCCAGUGUUCUUUCCCAGUAUCUAAAAACACUCCGGCGGAAAGCUCCUCAGUUCAAAGCAUUGUCCAAUGUUAAGUGUCAUUCACCACGUGCAUUUGCCGGAAGAAAGGUACGGACUGUCAACUUUAAAUUGUGCUAAUGAAUUGUUGGCUGCAGUAGAGGAAAAAAAGAAUGCAAACUUAUCCAAUGUACAAAUCCAAAUAUUACCGAGUCACUAAAUCCUGUUUGAAUCUAUUUAUCUUUUUUUUUUUUUAUUGUUAUAUUAUUUAUUUUUUUGUCAUUUUAUCAAUAAAUUAUGUGAAAAUAAA